AUGAUUCGACGUAUUCGCUAUCGUUUAAAACCAUUUCGUGACAUACGAAUUUAUAUUCUUUCCACAUGUUGUUUAUUUAUUUUUGUUCAAUUGUUAACAACGAAAUUAUUUUAUUCGGAAAAACCACCAACAUCAGUAUUGAGUCGUCUCUAUCCGGAUAUGCCUAUAUUAAUGGAUCUUCGUUCGUAUUCAGUUUGCCAUCCAAAAGCAUUAUCGUUAGAUAAGUUAACUGCAUAUUAUCAUCAAUAUUCAAAACAACAAGCCUGUUUUCUUAUUGAACAUCUUGAUGGUGGACCCUGGUGGUCAUAUGUGACACAUGAAUUUGCUGAAAUUUUAACACAUUUAAAAGAACUCGGUAUUCAAUCAAAUAUAACAUAUCGACCAUUUCCACAGCAUAUAAAAUUUGAUUAUCAAACAAAUUUAACAAGAUAUUUUUUAGAUGGAUGUCAUUUUGAUGAGCAUGCGUAUAUUCAAAAUAAAGUUCCCAUUGUUAUUCUUAUUUGGGAUGUAAAUAGUCUUCUAUGGCAUAGAAUGCACCAUCAGUGGUCUUCAUUGUUAGACAAACUUCAAAUACGUAUUUUAGUUUUUAUUGAUGAUCUUCAUUUUACAACAAAAGAAAGUUUUUCAAGUCGUCAAUACUUAUUUCAAUCGGUAGCAUCAGAAAUAUUUUCAACAUAUGCAUAUAUUUUUCAUAAUUAUUAUUUUAAUAUACGUUCAUCAAAAAUAACUUGGUUACCUCAUGCAGCAUCAUCAUUGUCAUAUCAUACAAUAAAUCGCUCAGCAGAAAAUCUUCUUUUUGUUUCAGGUGCUCAUUUAUUUGAAUGGUACCCAUGUCGUUCACGUGGUUAUCUUCUUUGUCACAUUCGAAAAGAUUUAGCAGCUUGUUUAAAACAUCCUGGCUAUGGUGAAACAAUGAAGAAUGAUAGUUCAUAUUUUUAUGGCGGAAGAAGAUAUUUUUCUUAUAUGAAACAAUAUGUAUUCGGUUUAGGAACAUGUCAAUCUGUUCAUUAUGCUAUUGCUAAAUUAUUUGAAUUACCAGCUAAUGGUCUUGUACUUGUAACAACAAAUGAUUUGAUACCAAUAUUGGAACGACUUCACCUUUAUCAUAAUGAACAUUUUUUAACCAUAAAAUGUUCAUCUGUGAAUCAAUUAAUAAAAGAAAUUGUACACUUACAAAGUCUAUCAAAAGAUACCAUUGAUAAUAUACGAAUUAAAGGUCAAGAAGCUGUAUAUGAACGUCAUUUAACUCAACAUCGAGCUGAACUAUUACAUACUCGUCUAAUGGCUCAAGCUUUGAUUGCCACGUCUUCUUCUGACAACGAACGUACACAAUGGGAACAAUGGGGUCGAUAUUGUGAUUCUUAA